AUGACAGCAUCAUCGACGACCAUUCUCAGUCUCGCAAGCGCUUGCCUCCCACAACCAUGCCCUCUGUCCUAUUCGUAUUCACUUCCUGCAACAAGACCCUCACCGGGGCCGCCACAGGGUGGUAUCUUCCCGAGGCAUGACACUUGCAUUAUUGGCCAUCUUAUCGCAUCUCAACAUCAAGUCUCUGAUUUAGGCGAGCCACCCGUAUUACGUCCUCAGUCCCCAUGCGUCCAUCGAUUUUGCAAGCCCUGCAGGGCCAAAUCCUCCCAUCGACGAAGGCAGUGUCCAGGUCAGUCGAUGUUUGCGUCUGAUGCAGAAAGCACUAAAUUCCUGGGGGACGAGACGGUCAAGAGCAAACUCGCAUCCGCAAAGAAGCUUUCCGACGUAAACGCGAAGGACUACGACGCCAUUUUCUACGUGGGCGGCCACGGACCAGUCAUUGACCUCGCCUCUGACCCCGUCAAUAUCGCUCUAGCGUCCCAGUUCUACCAAAGCGGAAAAAUAACCAGUGCUGUCUGCCAUGGCCCCGCUGCAUUAGUAGGCGUUACUGACACACAAGGCAACUCGAUCUUCGCAGGAAAAGCGGCGACUGGCUUUUCCGACGCAGAAGAGAUCCAGGUGGACAAAGUCAAAGAUGUACCCUUCUUGCUUGAACAGCGGAUUACAGAGCUUGGUGGGAAAUAUGAGAAAGCAGCCGAGCCAUGGGGGGCCAAAGUCGUCGUCGAUGGCAAUCUUAUUACUGGGCAGAAUCCUGCUAGCGCGGCAGGUGUUGGCGAGAAGAUCCUGGAGGCUCUAUCCAAGUGA